CCCACCCCACCCACCCACCCACCCACCUCCUCUUCUUUUCAUUUCUUCCCCAAAAUAACAGGAAACUCACCAACAGAAGCCAAUGGAAAGGCUUCUCCACUCUCCUUCUUCGUCCCCAGCUCUCAAAUUCAACCUUAAACCCACCACCACCACCUCCUCCUUUCUCCUCCGACUCAACCGAAUUGACUCUUCCAAACUCGGGUUUCCCCCUCUAACUCGUCCCGAUUCCAGGCGAUUCAACUCAGUCUUUUGUUGCAGAUAUGACAACUCAUCGGCAACUCGUUCGGUUAAGGUCCCUUCUCUAUCUCCUCUUCACCCAAUUGGGUCUUCUCCAACAUCCCGUUUGGAACCUAAGCAGAUCGAAAAUGGAACAUCUUUGCAACAAAAGGCAGCUAGUCUCGGGACAUUUGUGGUACUGUCAGCUGUCAUUAUGUUCUUAAUCCAUCCGGUUUUUGCUUCACCUGCAUUCGCCACCUUUCAAACUGCUGCAAAGGCUGGGGGUCCUGCCGUUGGUGUAGGAGCCAAACUGAUGCGUACUGAAUUAUUAAGUAGUGCUUGGACUGGAUUCCUUGCUGGUUGUUUACAUACUCUUUCAGGGCCUGACCACCUUGCAGCCUUGGCUCCGCUCUCAAUUGGUCGUUCACGAAUGGAAAGUGCUGCUGUUGGAGCUCUUUGGGGCUGUGGCCAUGACGCUGGUCAGUUAAUAUUUGGCUUGCUGUUUCUAUUGCUAAAGGAUCGACUCCAUAUUGAGGUUAUCAGAACAUGGGGAACUAGAGUAGUUGGUUUUACGCUACUUGUUAUUGGUGCUUUGGGAAUUAAGGAAGUUUCAGAAGUCCCGACUCCAUGUGUUGUUUUAGAAAAUGGCGAAUGUGAUGUCAGCAGCGUCUAUGGAACACUAGAGAACCCGACAGUUGGGAAGAAGAAGAUUGGUUUUGCUACUUUUGCCACCGGGAUUGUCCAUGGAUUGCAACCAGAUGCAUUGAUGAUGGUAUUGCCUGCACUUGCACUGCCUUCGCGCUUAGCCGGUGCUGCAUUCCUCGUUAUGUUUCUAGUUGGGACUGUUGUUGCAAUGGGAAGCUAUACGGUAUUCUUAGGAUCAUGUAGUGAGGCAUUAAAGGAUCGAAUACCAAGAAUUACGGAGAAACUCACAUGGAUUUCUUCUCUAAUAGCAAUUGCUCUUGGCCUAGCCAUUAUUGUUAGCCAAUUUUUCGGGUUUAGCUUGUAUUGAGCUAUCUGAACUGAUAUUUGCAAGCUAGCAAUUUAGUGUUAGAGAGCUCUUUAGAAAUAGUUAUUUAUUUCCGGCAAAGAAAUAUCAACGGGAACUUGUCUUCUUUAUUUUUGUGAGUUCGUUAUUUUGAUAUAGAAGUGAAGCCUAUCUCAUGGGAGAUCUUUGUAUUCCUUUAAGAUAGAAUUUCAGUUUGGUUGAACAAUUUUAAGUUACUUGUAUGCCUUGUGGAAGUAUGUGACCUUAUAAGGCUAAAAGAAUGGUAAUGUGCACAAGUAGGAGAUGUGCAUUUGGUUCAAAUUGAAUUGAAUUGAAUUAAAAUUAAAUUAAAUAGAAUUAAUAGAUUUGGCUUUUUC